AUGAGUACAGAAAGAGCCUCUUCAUCUGUACCUUCCUCUUCUUUGAAAUGGAAAUAUGAUGUCUUCCUAAGUUUCAGAGGUAAAGACACCCGAAAGGGUUUUACAAACAAUUUAUACAGUGAGUUGGUAGCUCAAGGGACUGAAACUUUCAUGGAUGACCAUGAACUUCAAAAGGGGGAAGCCCUUUCUCCAGUAAUUUUAACUGCAAUUGAAGAAUCCAGAUUUGCAUUCGUUGUACUCUCAGUCAAUUAUGCAUGGUCAACAUGGUGCUUGGAUGAACUUUUGAAGAUUCUUGAAUGCAUGGAAGCAAGGAUAACAGUUCUGCCAGUUUUCUAUGAUGUUGAUCCCUCUGAUGUACGACAACAAACAGGGAGUUUUGCAGAGGCUUUCAAUGAACAUGAAAAGAGAUUUAGGGAUGAUACAGAUAAGUUGCAAGGAUGGAGAACUGCCUUAACAAAAAUAUCAAAUUUCACUGGGUGGAAUUUGAAGGACUGGAGGUACGAACGAGAUCUCAUCAAAGAAAUAGUUGCAGUGGUGUGUGCGAAAUUGUUCCCUAGAUUGUUUAGAUCUGUGGAGAACCUAGUUGGAAUUGAUUCAAGAGUAGAAGCAGUUCAUUUGCUGUCACGGGAAGGUGUGCAUGAUGUUAGCUUUAUAGGGAUAUUGGGGAUGGGAGGGAUUGGUUUCUUUCAAAUGUUAGAAGCAAUGCAGAAAAAAGUGGUACUGCUGCAGUUACAAAAGAAGCUUAUUUCUAGGAUGCUGGGAAAAGAUGUUGACGUAUGGGAUGUUCAUGAAGGAGCCGAGAAGAUAAAGAGAUUUCUACGUUACAAGAAGGUUCUUCUCAUUCUUGAUGAUGUUAAUCAUUCGGACCAAUUGGACUAUUUGGCUAGAAAGAAAGAUUGGUUUCAUAUUGGAAGUGUUGUUAUCAUUACAACUAGAAAUGACCAUCUACUGGUUAAACAUGGUGUAGAGAGAAAAUUUGAGGUCCAAGGACUAAGUAGUGAUGAAGCUCUUCAGCUUUUUAGCUUGAACGCCUUUAAAAGAGAUUACCCUGAACAAAAAUAUCUUGAAUUGUCUAAUCAAGUCCUCAACUAUGCCAAAGGUCUUCCAUUAGCUCUGAAAGUAUUGGGAUCUUUUCUACAUGGAAGAGGUGUAGGCGCCUGGAGAAGUGUUUUGUGCAAAUGGAGAGAAGUGUGUAACAGAGACAUUUUUGAGACACUUAAAAUAAGUUAUGAUGGUCUUGAUGACAAGGAGAAGAAACUUUUCCUAGCCAUUGCAUGUUACUUUCAUGGGAAGAGAAAACACUAUGUAAUAGAAACACUAAACGCUUGUGGCUUGUAUGCAGAUAUUGGAAUAGACGUCCUUGUGGAAAGAUCCCUCUUAACUAUUUCCUUUGGCACAAUAUGGAUGCAUGACUUGCUCCAAGAAAUGGGUUUAGAAAUUGUUCGCCGGGAGUCUCCUGAAGAGCCAGGCAAGCGCAGCAGGUUGUGGCUUUAUGAAGUGGAAAUACAGGAACAGACAGUGGAAGCCAUAGUCCUGGACCCUGACCAUAUCAUGGAUGUUGCUGAUGAACCAGUUAUGCACAUGAAUUCUAAAUCUUUUUCGAAAAUGAACAAAUUGAGACUGCUUGAGAUACGUAAUGUGCAACUUUCUAAACUCUGUGACGGCCUCGAGUAUCUUUCAAGUGAGUUACAAAUUCUCAGGUGGUUGAAGUUUCCUCUACGAUCUUUGCCAUCUUCUUUCAACCCAGAGAAGAUAAAAGAAAUUAACAUGUGUCAUAGCCAGAUUGUAUAUCUAUGGAUGGGCAUAAAGCAUUUACACAGUUUGAAAACCAUCAACCUCAGCCACUCUUUGAAUCUUCUCGAGAUCCCAGACUUAAGUGGUAGUCCAUAUCUUGAAUGUUUGAUUCUUGAAGGUUGUAUACGCCUGACUGAGGUUGACUCAUCAGUGGGUAUGCUGGAAAGACUUACUUUGUUGAACUUGAGAGAUUGCACAAGUCUGUGUCUUCUUCCAUGCAGUUUAUCUGGUUUGAAAUCUCUGAAAGUUCUUCUUCUUUCUGGCUGCUCAAAACUUGAUAAACUGCCAGAAGACUUGGGCUAUGCAAAAAGUUUGGAAGAGCUUGAUGUGGCUGGAACUGCCAUGAGAGUACUGCCUUCAAGACUCGUGAAGCAAGGGUGUAACAGUGUAGCAUUCACAUCAUUGAAGCAACACCUUCAGGCACAUCCGUAUCAUCCUCAAGUACAGAAAUUUGAGUUUGUCAUUCCUGGAAAUGAUAUACCAGAGUGGUUCAAUCAUCAAAGCGCGGGUCCUUUGGUAACUAUAGAUCUACCUCCAGGUUGGUUCAAUAAUAAGUUGAUGGGAUUCGCGUUUUGUGCUGUAUUCGCAGUACAAAAGCAUUCACAUGUGUCAUGGAGUGAUGAUGAUAGUCCUACACAUGAGAUUCAUUGCCAAUAUGAAGUCAAUGGAAAAAAGAGGUUCCAUCUGCCUGGUUUUUCCUUCAAUGAACACUUAGGCCAAGCUGUAUCGGACCACAUCUGGAUUUUCUGUAGUUCACUCCGUAGUUGUGAAGAUUGGCUACAAAUUAAACUUUUAUUCACAACUGAUGGCCCAGGUUUGCAAGUGAAGAAGUGUGGAGUUCGUAUAGUGUACCAUCACGAUGAGGAAGAGAUUAUGGUUAACAAUGUUAAGCCUUUCACAUUUUCUGACUUCCCAUCUCCUGGUGAGGUAGCAAUUGUAUCAUGUGCCACCGCCAAGCGAGGUCCUGAACACUUUGAAUUUGAUUUUGGGUCUGACAACGAAGCUGAUAUAGGGUGUGGUUUGCUAGGAGAAAUGAAGAAAAAAUUAUUGUUUUCCGAUAUCAAAUUAAAGCUUCUGUCAAGAAAGAGGGAAACGUCUCCAAAUUGGUAG